AAGCCGAGCAACGGUCCCACUGGAGGGAGACUUUGUUUUUUUCUUUUUCUUUUUUCUUUUUUGGAGAAGACUAGUGUAUACUCACACUGUACUGCACUGAGGAACCACAAACACACAUCCAUUCACGCGCAGCUGGAAUGACAUUUUGGCAGGUUCAUUCGCUCUCGGCUCUCUAGCCUCCACUUCUUAAAGUUUGAGACGGCGCGUCUGUGAGGGGGGAAAAGGUGGAUUUUGAGUUCGGAUAUUAAAGGCGAUAGGACCCAAGAAAGCAGAAAGAUUGAGGGCACCACUCAAGUGUACAUUUCAUUCAUACGUUAUUUUAUUUUACCCCCAUUUCCAUGGCGACGGCACGGCGCGGUCAUCGAUAAGCGCUCCGUGCUAAGUACGCGGGGGAUUUUGUUGUCUACCUGGGGAGGAAAUCUGGAUUAACAGAUGAACUGUAAUGGCUAACUAACGCGUUUCUCUUUUUGGACUACUGCGAACGGAUUUCCACGCCGAGAACUCCGCAGAUGAAGAUGGUUGCGUGCGGAUGCUGCGCGGCGUCCUGGAGGAGGUGUGUGGUGAUGAGUCUCAGACUGUUGUUCCUUCUCCCCGCAGGUCUGCCCGUCCGCAGUCAGGGAGAAUCCCAAUCCGAUAACAAACAGAUGGACAACAUCACCAUCAGACAAGGAGAGACGCUCUUCCUCAGUUGCUUGCAAGGGGACUUCGUGACACACACAGCGUGGCUCAACAGAUCAAGUAUACUGUACGCCGGAGAGGAUAAGUGGUCCGUGGACCCCCGGGUGAGUUUGGUUACUCUGAACCAGGAUGAGUUCACCAUUAAAAUUGAGGAUGUGGACUUGACAGACGAGGGCCAAUACAUCUGCGCGGUGCAAACUAGCAGCAGACCCCGAACCACAUCCGUGCACAUCAUCGUUCAAGUUCCUCCAAAGAUCGUGAACCUGUCGAAGGACCUUGUGGUGAAUGAAGGCUCCAACGUGACUUUAAUGUGCCUGGCUAACGGAAAACCAGAACCUGCCAUCGGCUGGAGGAUGUUAUCGCCUUCGGAUGACAGCCUAAGCUCAGACAGCGAGGUUCUGGAGAUUCCCUUCAUCAGCAGAUAUAGAGCAGGAGUGUAUGAAUGCACCGCAUCCAACGACAUUGCAGUGGACACACAGACUGUUGAGCUCACGGUCAACUACCCUCCCAGUGUUUCAGAUGGCAGAGAUGUUGGUGUGACCCUGGGUCAGAGAGGUGUCCUGCAGUGUGAAGCAGAUGCUGUACCCGAGGCAGAUUUUGAGUGGUACAGAGAUGACAGGAGGAUCUUCAAUGGCUUUGAUGGCAUUGAGAUCGAGGAUGCCGGAGCAUUUUCAAAGCUGACAUUCUUCAACGUGUCCGAGGCAGACUAUGGCAAUUACACCUGUGUCGCUAUCAACAAACUUGGGAGCGCUAACACAAGUAUCAUCCUAUACGAAAUAAUUGAACCCACUAGUUCGACGCUAUUGCAAGCAGACACGGCUUCAGUUUUAGACAUGACUUCAUCCGAUUUAGAGCAAACAGCCUUUGAAAACAAUGAUUUGUCGGAAGGACCCGGAGCAGUUCAGGAUGGCAACAGCGGCACGUCAACGGUCUUCACACCCACCUGUCUACUUCUCGUCGUACUUCUACAACUCUUGCUCAAGUUUUGAUGCCGAAGAUGUUUCCAUUGGCUAAAGAUCACCGUUUGCGUGACAUCGCUCUCAUCUUGGAGUCACAAAGCGUGCAUGGGUUACCGAAAAUGCCCAAAAAUGUGCAUGGGGUACCCAAGUACUUCCUUUUAAUAAAGUAAUCAUGCGUUUCUUUUGUUUAUAAUAGAGUUUAAUAAUGUAACUUCUCUUACAUUGCUAAUUGUCGCACUGUUUUGCCCCACUGGAUACGGUUUGUAUUCACUAAACGCAAAUGACAGAGAGGCAUGUUUAAUUUGAAAUAUUUAAUUUAAUUUAUUUUGGUGACUGUCGUUUUAAUUUAACUCUGUAACCCUUAAAAAUUCAUGUAGAAUACAUGGGAUUGGGAAGUAAAUCAUUCAAGUCCAAGGCAUGCGAUAAGGAAGGGCAUAUGUCUCCAGUUUUUCUUCUUUUUUUAUCGUCGCUAUAUUUUUACUGUAUCAUAACUGUACAGCCGAUCAAAAUAAGCAGCAAAAAACACACAAACGUGUACUUCUAAUCUUUAUUUUACCAUUUAACACACACAAACAAAACAAUGCAGUACAUAUCAGGUUGUUUUUAUUUUGAUGACCAGAAUGGCACAGUUGGACUAUGCAGAAUCAUAUAAAAGCUCUAUAUAAAUAGAUUUAUUUAGAACGCAAAUUUAUAUACUAAACAUUUUAGUGUAUAAGGGGUAUGUAUUGAAGUCGGAGAGCUUGUGAUAGGUGUAAUACAUACAUAUUGGAUCCAAUUUGAAAGCCCAAAGAGCAAUCUGCUAAUAGAGUUUUUUUUUGUUUUUUUUUUGUUAGUUUUUCAAAUGUUGAAUUCUAUCCAGAGUUAUACGAACCAAACCGGGCGCUUAAAUGAUCAUUAUUAUUUAAAAACACGUCGUUCCUGCUAACAUCUCUGUAUGUAUAUGCAUAUAUAUAACUUGUACAAAGGGAAAAUAUGCACACUUGUUUUUACUAAAAUUGUGAAACUGUUUAAUACAAUGCAACGUUUUCUAUUUUUGUUAUUCCCUUUUUUCGGAAGCUGUGUAAUUUAUUUCUCAAAUGGUAUUAUGGUAGAUGCCAGCUCAUUGCCGUUGCUCAUUGUGAAAUCUGACGUCUAAAUAUCGUGCGUUUGGAAAAAGCAGAUGAGACUCAUUGCCCUUCAUCAUCUCAUCAUGAGCAGAUGUCCAGACGUUCUUUGUAUUCUGGGAAAAAAAAGCAAGAAUUCAUUUUAAAGUUAGUUGACCUCAAACCUAUAUUGCAAUUUUCUUAAAUUUUUUUUUUUGGCUAUUUUUGAUAGGAUGUAUGCCUAAUGUUUCACAUUUUUUCAUUUGAAGGAAUAGUUCUGGCAAAGACUAAAUCUCUCAUCAUUUAUUCACUCUCAUGCUUUUCCAAAGAGAAAGGUAAAAGAGCCAAGACAUUCAGAACGACUUGCAACUUAAAAAAAUAUAUAAAUCAUAGAGGUUUUGAAAUGACUUGCGGGUGAGUAAAUGAUGGCAGUCUUCAUUUUUGUGCGAACAAUUCUUUAAAUAUCAUGAACCACAUGUCAGAUGGGAAUCAGUCUGUCAUUAGUCCAGUGGAUUUUAAGCACAAACUGUAUGUUAAUGAAAGGGAAUGUGAUGUAUGUGAAGUUUAAUGAGUGACGGUGUGUUUUCUUCCCCCAAACUUGUAUUGUUCAGCAUUUUGGCAUUUUUUUUUCUUCAAAAUGCGGGGACCACAACCAGAUUAAGAGCAGUUGACGCGCGUUUCGUAAAUCUGUGAGGCUAAAACUGUCACGACAGUCAGAAAUCCACACGUUUAUUCCAGCAUUUUGAUUUAAAAACACAAGCAUUUGACGAUAAGUAAUGACUGAGUUCCUGUGUGGAAAAGAUUUUGAUCAACGAGAUCGUAUCAAGAGAAACACAAGGCUCAUCUGUUCAUGGCUGUAAUUCAGUUCACAUGUCCAAGUUGGUGUGAUGAAUUGACUUAAUUCCCACCAUCCCAACCUUUAAAACAACCAGCCUGGAGAAGUUCAUUUUGAUCUCUGGUGGUUUCCUGAAGGGGAGCAAAUUAAGUAUUUUAACUCCUUGUAUUGUAAAGAAUUUGUUGCGUCAUAUGUUUUUCCUUUAAUGGAGAUGGUGUGUUCAUAUUUAAGACUUACAAUAAUAAAAUGUUGUAUCUAAAUCCAA